AUGAUCAGUCUCGUCGGCAGAUCUCUAAGCUCUUGUGUGAUGCUUAAUAGCGACACCGUCGUAUUCCGAGGCAACGCCGACGAGUCUGCUGGGCAAGUGCUCACGGGCAUCAUUGUGCUCAGUCUUCAAUCUGCAAGACUCAUUGACCAUCAAGUUCGCUUACGGUUGUUGGCCAUACUGGAAGUUGCGAACGACACUGCUACCAUACGGCAGAGGCUACGAGAAUGCUUUCUUAGUAACAAGACCAGAACAACAGAGAUUGUUUUGGAGCAUCUUGGGUCCCGCCAACUACGCUCAAAGAGCACAAACCCCCUGUCGUCAGCUGGACAUUACAGAUAUCCUUUCGAGCUUUCACUCCCAAGCGAUUUAGCAGAAAGUGUCCAAGGUGUACCUGAAGUAUCUUUGAAAUAUCGUCUCGAUGCGACUAUUUUAAGUCAAGGGCGGCCAAUCCUUUAUGCUCGCAAGGCCCUUCGCAUCAUUCGCACCCCCGCAUUAGACGCUCUUGAACCACUGCAAGGCGUAGGAGGUGAAAGUAUCUUGGCUGAUAGGCUCAGGCACGAUGUUAGUAUAUUUCCAAAAGCGGUAAGCUUUGGCGGAAAUAUCCAACUAAAACUGCGUGCUUGCCCGCUGGUGACGGGACUAAAACUCAGAGACAUUAAGGCAAGGAUAGUAGAAAUUCGAGAGUUCUCAACGCAGGAAAAUCGCAGUAAAGAAGUCCGCAAAUGUAUUGCAGAAGUUUUGAAGACUGCACCAGGUCAGAAGGCAAAACGCCGAGACAUGGAGCUGGGUUCGGAUAGGGAUGACUGGGCGUUAAGCAUAGAAUUAUCACUUCCUAGGAGGAUUGGAGACUGUAUUCCAGAUCUUUCGCAUAGUAGAAUGCGAGCUCAUCAUAGAGUUGAGACUAUAUUCGCUGUGAUAGAUCUGGAUGGGAAAGUUCUUAAGAUCUGCACCACGAUACCUAUAACGGUAUAUAUGCCUCUUGAUGCCACUUUUAAUGAUGAUGGAGUUAUUCUGACUCCUAGGAUGGCUGCUAGAAGUACCCAGCCUGCUAGUUCUAUUGCUCCGCCGGUGUAUUAA